AUGUGUUUCAUAUACCCAUCAACCAAUAUUCCCUCCCUCAGAUUGACAUCAUCUCAUGUAGUAUUUUUGUCUGGGCUUGAACCUGUACUUUACAACUGCUGCAUUAAUUCAUGUUGCUGUUACCUUGGCCCAAAUGCAGACCUAGAGUGUUGUCUCCACUAUGAUGCAUCUCAGUUUUGCCCAUCCAGCUGCAUUGCCCACCAAAAGUUCUUCUACAUCCCUACAAUCCCUUAUCUUGUCCCAUUCUACAAGAACCCAGAGAUGCAUGCCAAAAUGCAGUACUGA